AUGGCUGACCCAGUUUCACGUUUCCCAUAUGUUCCUUCACAGCCUCUCGCAGGUGUCACUGCUGGCCUUUUUGCCGCCAGUUUCUUAUUGACUCUCUUUCAAAUCAUUCGAAAAAGGGCGUGGGUAUGGCUUGUCAUGCUCUUAAGUAUUCUAAUGGAAAUCGUUGGCUUUGCAGCAAGGAUUGUAUCCGCCCGCAGUCCCGGAGACUUACAGCCAUACUCCGUUCAAUUUGCUCUCAUUAUCUUGGCACCGGUUCUUAUGGCGGCGGUGGUCUAUGUUGUAUUCUCCAGAAUUGUCUUUUGGGCAACACCCCCCGAACACUUGACAUUUAGCGUUAUUUGGGUGCCCCCACGAUUUAUCACCCUUAUAUUUGUCGGUUUCGAUGUCCUGUCUCUUCUUUUACAGAUGGGCGCUGCUACGAUGCUUUCUACGACUCAAGCCACAGAUGAAAAUGCGCAGGGAAAAAUUGAGAUGGGUAGAAAUCUCGGUCUUGCUGGAGUAGGGGUUCAGCUUUUCGGGUUUGGAAUCUUUACAGUGGCUGCUGUCAGAUUUCAUUUUACUUCGAGACAGUUUGAUGGACACCAUGUGAGCCAGAACCAGACUCGGUGGAAAAUCAGCAAGCAUUACGAGAGCCUCCUCUACGUAGUGAAUGCCUCGUGUGCGCUCAUUCUGAUCCGGUCUGUAUUCCGGAUGGUUGAAUUUGCUCCAGGCACCCAAGAGAUCAUCGAAAAGAAAGAGUGGUAUCUCUACACAUUUGAUGUUCUCCCAAUUUUCAUAGUCUGUGUACUAUAUAAUAUCUGGUUCCCUGGAGACUAUCUGAAGCAUCUUAGCUUCCGGGCGCCAAAAUCGGAGCGGCACAGGACCCUUGAUGCAGAGUCGAUUGCAUCUCAACAAGAACUCACAACACAUGUUCACUGGCGAGAUGAAUCAAAAUGA